CAGUGCGAACAUCUGCCCUCUCUGAUGAUCUGCAGGAGACUUCGGCUCUCCAGCGCAAUCACGCUCCUCGCAUCAAAUCUCGGAUCAGGAAGACAUGACCCUCCAUUAUAUCGCGCUCUUGAUCGCGGGACUGAGCGUCCUCACGUGCAAAACAUGGGCUGUGGUGGAUGUGAGCAUGGAAGACUGGGUGGAUGUAUCUUUAAAAGACCAGGCUGUGAUCCCCUGUAUUUACACUCUGAAGGAACCAGCCAAGAUGAUAGUCUGGUUUACGAAAUUGCCAGGCAGGGACCAAAGCAGGAGGAGAAUCUACUACUAUGAUGGCCAGAAAAAGUUUAUUGAAGAAGGCAGUGAAUACGACGGGCGGAUCAACUUCACACACUCUCAUGAACCACAGAAUGCACGCGGAAGUGCCAUUCUGAUCAUCAACAAUGUGCAACUGAGUGACCAGAGGGAGUUCAUCUGCACCGUGCAUAAUGUGUCGACAGACAUUGGUGAAGGGCACACUCGUCUCCAAAUAUUCAACUCACCAUCUCUACCUGUGAUUGAAGGUAUGCACACAGGGGUUUCUGUUACUGUGGAGGAGCCAUCAAAGGUUGCACUCUGUAAAGUGGAUGAUGGAUAUCCCAGACCCAACAUCACAUGGUACAAGGGCAGAUUCCCUCUCCAGCAAUCAGAAGAUGUAAAGAUUAUGGAGUUAGUGACAACCAAACCCAACGGCCUGUUCACAGUCCACAGUGAACUGUACAUUAAGGUUAAGAAGACAGAUGAAGAUGCCCUUUUCUACUGUGAGGUCAAGUAUUUUGUCCCUGGUGGAGUAAGAAUGAAAGAGUCCAAAGAAAUCAACAUCACAGUUCACUACCCUACAACAGAAGUAACACUGUCCGUAAAUCCACAUGAUAGGUUAAUAAAAGAAGGCGACACUGUGGCGAUCCGAUGUGUGGGAAAUGGAAAACCUCAGCCCAUUUUUUCUUUCACACAUAAUGGGGAUGAGUUGAGAUCAGAUGAGGAAAUGCUGCUUCUGGAAAAUGUCAAGCGAUCAAACAGUGGGACAUAUGUGUGCCAGUCAUUUGACUUAGAGUCGGGAACUUCUGUUGAGGACUCCGUUAAUAUCACAGUGCACUAUCUGGAUCAUAUUGUGGUGACACCAGAGCAGACAGUUCUGGACCAGGACGGUGAUCUCACCUUAACCUGCAAUGCCUUGUCUUCUUUACCCACACAGACAGUAUGGUAUAAGCAUGACAUGUUGCUGGUGGAGGGACAUGUUUUGGAAUUAAGUAAUGCCUCUUAUGACACUGCUGGGAUGUAUAUGUGUAAAGUGACAGUCCCUUCCCUGCCUGGCCUACAAGAACUAAAGUCUGUGCAAAUCAGUGUGCGAGGGAAGCCUAAGAUCACAAUGGAGAUAGCAGUGAAUAAAGCUGACCGCUCUGUAAACCUGACCUGCCACGCAGAAGGCUACCCAUCCCCCACCAUCACCUGGACCCUCUCUGACCUAUGGACUGGGCAGCCUGUCCCUAUGCCAGAAGUGGAGGACCAGAAGACGGACACUGGUGUUCUCAGCAUGAUCUCUGUGAGGGCCAAGUCUAAACUCACAGUUUAUUGCAGCGCUGCCAAUGAGUUUGGGACAGCAAAUGUCUCUCACAAGAUUGCAGCAUCUGCACGUGUGAAAACAACUCAAGCAACCAGCACUAAAGGAGGUGGCAGCGGAGUCAUCAUAGCGGUCAUGAUCCUCUUCCUCCUCCUUAUAGCCAUACUGGGCAGCAUUCUCUACUUCCUCUACAAGAAAGGAAAGCUGCCCUGUGGACGGUCGGGAAAGCAGGAUUUCAUGAAGGAAAAGGCCAGUAAGGAUGAUAUUGUGAUGGAGAUGAAAAGUGGUAAAUCUGAAGAAGUGGUACUUCUACAAGGAGUCAAUGGAGACAAAAUGUCCCCCACUGAAUAGGUCAUAACAUCUGAACAAAGAUACACAUUAUUAUCCAAUCAAGACCCAAGAUUUGUAAGACUGACACUUACGGUGCUAUGGAAACCUGAUUAUAUUUCCUUUCACUUAGAGUCAAAGACUGAAAACUAAACACACAUGUGGAGUGAGGCUAGUGGUCUCUGUCCUACAGCGUCCGUCUCAGGGUGAAUCCCAGUCUUAGUUCUCAUUUGCCCAUGUUUAAUAUUUGUCCUGCUAUAUUCUGAUUCAAUAUAUAGCAAGAUGAUCCAAAAAGUACUCCAGUAUUUACAAAUUGUAUAUAAGUAUGAGAUAAUGUAUAUAUUAAGCUGUUUAAAAUGCCUGAGACAACUGAAAGGUUGCGCUUAAGAAUCUUUUUGAUAAUACACGUCUCUUUGUUGAGGGGGUUUUGAAGAGUGCCGAAGACUCAUUAUUUGCUAUGUGCUGUCAGUGUCUUAUCUGAACCUGCUCUCAUCUCUGCCGCACCAUAGUCCAUGCACUGAACCAUCUUCACCACUGUAAACAUUCAUCUGUCCUGUGGAUCAGCGCUGAAACUGUCCAAUGAUAAAGCUUGAGGGCACUUUCCAAACAAAUGAUUUGUCAGGAAAAGUCCCUUGACACGGCUGACCGUUUAUCCAAAUACUGUUUGCAAGCAAAAUGUCAGGAUCAUGUCAUGCCUCUGUGUUUGUAUCUUUAUUUUUCUUAGCUAUAUCAAGUUACGUUCACUGCGAGGGACGAGCGAAUGUGUUACAUUCAUCCUGUAGAGUUCAGCUGUAGUUUUUUUUUUUUUUUUACUGCCAUUACCUGCUUUCCUCGCCGUGCACUGAAUGUAAAUAAUAAAGACAUACAUGACCAAUCUUCCCAUUUUUUAGAGGGAAUAUUAAAAUGCAUGUGGAAGUCUGCAUUCAUUUAACACACUGGAGAGACAGUUGAACGGGAAAAAAAAUGCAGGUGUUAUUUUUAUAAAUACUUUUUUUUUUUUUUUUUUUAAACAUUGUGUAUUUUAUUCACAUUUCUUAAACCAUAUUUUGAAGGUUUAUAAAUUGUAUCUUAAUCUAUGCAGUAUGUACCCUGUACUGCAAGGAAAGAAGACCUAAAGACGGAUACAAAAGUCCUUAUUACACUGAAGUUCACCCGUUUCAUUUCCUCUGGUUUGUUAAGCUGCUUUUGUUUUGUGUCAGUGGUAUUUUUGUUUAUGCUUGUUUUUGAAUUUUCCUGGUAUUUCUAUUAAAAAAGGCUGGUUUACUCGA